AUGGAGUUACAGGAGAUGUUCCGUUACGGAUACAUGUAUCCACCCCAGGAGGAUGUCGUCGUACCCACGUACCUGGAAUUGCCCAAUUAUGGAUACUUGAAAAAAGAAAUGUGUCUACCACCAGUUAGCACUCUCUCGGUGCCACAGUGUGUACCCUAUGACAACAAUAGCGAUGGAUGGCACACACCGAGUCCUGCGGCGAGUUUGAGAUCCGUCAGUCCGGCCACCACAUCCGCUUCCUCAGAGUCCGAAAGCGGAACUCUCACCGGAAGAAGGGGGUCGAACCUUCACCAGGAGAAGAGGUACGAGAACCUCUCGGUUUCCGGAAAGCAGAUGAAUAGAGUUCAUCAUUAUCAACAUCGUCCGGUUAUAGUGCAAGAGGAACUGGAGAAGGAGAGGUCCUCAAGGCAGAGUGUUGUGAGCAAUGGAAGUAGUUUGGAGGACAGGAUGGACUUGGAGGAAAGCGAGGGUGAGAGUGAAAAUGAGGAGGGUUGCAAUGAGACUACGAGAAGAGGCAAAUAUGUCAGUUCCACGGUUGUCAAGAAGAGGAGACUGGCUGCCAAUGCGAGGGAGAGGCGCAGGAUGCAAAACCUCAACAAGGCAUUUGACAGGCUCAGGACUUAUCUUCCGUCUUUGGGGAAUGAUAGGCAGUUGUCCAAAUAUGAAACACUGCAAAUGGCGCAGUCGUACAUUACUGCACUUUAUGAUUUGCUCCAGUAA